GAUGUCUCGUAAAGAGCAGCAUAGCAACGCUGUCCAUCGCUUCCGCAUUGACUGCAGUUCUGUCAAUGCGGGAGAAUGAAUAACUCUAAAUGUGCCAUUACGCACAAACGACGGAGACCACAACGCAUCAUACGAUGUAUAUACGUGGUGGGAUUCAUGGAUCUCUUUGGGGUCAGUAUGAUUAUCCCUUUGCUGAGUCAUCAUGUGAAGUUUCUGGGAGCAAGUCCGACAGUGGCUGGGAUUAUAGGAUCUACCUAUGGAGUGUUACAACUCUUCUCUAGCACUGUUGUGGGAAGUUGGAGUGAUGUGGUUGGGAGGCGCUAUUCACUACUGACGUGCCUUUUGCUCAGUGCCUUUGGAUAUGGCCUGCUGGGUCUGUCCACUAGUAUUGCGCUCUUUGUUCUGGCCAGGAUACCAGUGGGGCUUUUUAAACACUCCCUGUCUAUCUGCCGAGCGCUCCUGUCAGAUCUUGUGUCGGAGAAAGAACGGCCUCUAGUGAUGGGUCACUUUAAUGCAGCCUCAAGUGUGGGAUUCAUCCUGGGACCAGUGGUGGGUGGAUAUCUCACUGAACAUGAGGGGGGUUUUUACUUAUCCUCAUUCGCCUGUGCAGCCAUUUUCUUUCUAAAUGCAGGUUUGGUCUGGAUGCUACCGUGGAGCGAGACACUAAAUCACCGUAUAGAUGCAAAUGCUAAUAGUAAAACCAAACCCAGCAAAACCUAUGAUGGGUUAAAGAACUCAGUCCAGCAGAACUUCUCAGACAAAAACUACAUUCGGCAUCCUAAUGCACCUGCAGUCCAUAGUCGAGCAAAUGGAGGAUGGGGCUGGAGGGACAUGUCUAUCUUCCAGUCUGCCUGGAGACAGCUGACCUCAGUGUGGAUGCGGAUCUGCAUGGUGGCGUCCUCGGAUUUGUUGGACGUGUUCCUGGUGCGGCUUCUAAUGGCUGUAUCUAUAAUGCUGUACUAUAGUAACUUCUCCUUAGCCAUGGAGGAGCGUUUUCAGCUCAAACCAAAGAUGACAGGAUAUUUGAUCAGCUACAGCAGUAUGUUGGGAGCCCUUGCUGGCUGCUUGGUGGGACCCGUAACAAACCUCUAUGGCAACAACAUGUCUGCUUUAUUGUUGCACUCUACAGCGCUCACCUGCACAUUGAUCUUCCUGUAUGCCACGGCACCCAAUGUCUGGCAGGUCCUGCUGACCUCCACGUUCUUUGCAAUCUCUACCACUAUCGGCCGCACUUGCAUCACCGACUUGGAGCUGCAGCGUGGGGGAGCCCAAGCUAGUGGGACGUUAAUCGGAGCGGGACAGUCAGUCACAGCUGUGGGACGGGUCCUCGCACCACUGCUGUCUGGUCUGGCUCAAGAAUUCAGCCCCUGUGGACCUCCUAGUUUAGGGGUCGUGCUGGGUCUGCUAGCUGUGGGCUUGCUACUCGUGAGGACUCCUAAGUGGGACAGUAAGACAAAGGUUAAAGACAAGAGUCCCAAACAAUGAGGUGUAAACCACUUAAAGUGAAGGAAAGAUAAAGGACUGUGAUGGCAGCUGUCUUUUUCCUCUCAGGUAAUGUGAUUGUGGGAGUUUGGAUCUGUAUACCAGCUAUAGAAUGUCAGGACGUCAAUGUGAGAGAUGGCCGUCAGUAAGGCUGCCUCCUGUUCCGCCAUGCUGAAAGAGAGCAACUGCCUGUUCAAAUGCAGACUGACAGAGUCCGAUGCAAAGUCUAAUAAGAUGAAUGUUUAUGUCAGAACAUUUUGCUGUUAAAUGGUCCAACACCAUUGGCAAAAGUAGUUUAAAACAUCUCGGUUACAUAUCUAACAUUGGUUCCCUGAAUAGGGAACGAGACGCUGCGAUAGCCGUCUCUAUGGGAACACAUUCGGUGUGACAAAUGUCUUAAGUCUUAACACCACCAUGCCAUUUAUUGGCCAGUAGCGCUUAGCACCGCCCAAGAAAUACGUCACGUAUGCUUCAUAUCAGCAUACUAUGCGCCAUUUCAUCAGAUUUCUAUGACGAAGGAAGCAAUUAUCGAAAGGUAUGGGAAAGGCCGGCAUCGCAGCGUCUCGUUCCCUAUUCAGGGAAUCAACGUGACAUAAGUACGAGACGUUUCCUUUCAUAGGUUCACUUCAAUGCUGUGAUAGCCAUUGCUAUGGGAACGAUAGACCAUAACGCCUUCCCAUACCUGAAAAAAGCUGGAAAACCGAGAAAAGAGUUCGCACAAGCAAAUUAAACUUGGGAGCCAGGAGCCAUCUUCACAUCCAGACCACAGAACUUGAUAAAGGUGUUCGGAGAGGAUCAUCUUGCCGCAACAUAAAUAUCUUCCAAAGAAGAGCCCUUAA